UCACCAAGAAAACUGUGUGGGAUGAAGAAAAAAGAGGUAAGGUGAUGAAUGAUAGAAUCAUCCGCAAUAGCUUCUCCAAUCUCCAUCACUGCAAAAACACCCGCCAAAAUCACUGUAAUUUUAAUUCGCUCCACUUUGCACCAAAUUUAAAUAAAUCCACACUAUACUAUAAACUAUAAACUAUAAACUAUACACAACCUAAUAAUCAAAAUUAAAAAAUAAAAUUAAACCCCUCCCUCACAUUCCGUGGAUUUCAAUAUCCAUGGCAGAUUUUGAAGCUCCUUCGUUUUCUCUAGGACUCGAUUUCGACGACACACCUCCACCUUCUCCUUCUACCUCCCCCAACCACGACCCGCUCCCACAAGUCCCCGACUCCGAUCCCGAUCCCGAAACCCUACCCAAUCCCCCACUCCAUAUUCUCAAACGCCUCCGUCGUGGUCCCCCUUCCUCCUCCAAAACCGAUCCGCCUUCAUGCAUCGACGUCGACGACGACGACAUCGAGGAGUUCUCUUCGCAGGAGGAUCCCGUUCAAGGAUUUGCACAUUCCUCGGUUCGGAAUCAUUCUGUAUGUAGCAGUUCUAAAGUUUCAUUGAAAGGUGUUGGAGUUUUAACUCCUCAUUCGUUUAUAAACUCUAAUGAGAAAAAAAGAAAGCAGGAUUCGGAUAUUCCGGCUUCUGUUGGGUUGGAGACAGGCCAGAGAGGGUUCUUGUUACGCAAGUUAGCAGCUAGUCCUCUUCGAAGGUUUAAAUUGCUUGAUUCUGAUGACGAUGACGAUGAUGAUCUGGUUUGUGAGGAUGUUACUUGGGAAAAUAAAGUUGGCCCUUCCUCAUCAUUGGGGCCAUUGUGUAAUAGGAGCACACCUCUGAUUUCAUUGGAACAAGAUAGGAAGACACAAUUUGAUGUGAACCGGAAUCAGGAUUUAUGGAAAGAUCUUUCUCCGGUGAAGAAUUUUUCUGUUCCUACACCUGUGUUCAAUGAGGUGUUUGAAGAAUACUUUCGUUCGGCCAAGAAUGUGGAAGUGCCGAAAUCAAGGAUUGAUAUAUCUGAAAAUCACAAUGCGACCUAUGGUGGAUUUAAUUCUGGAUGGCAAAAGGAUGAACAAGUAUGGGAAGCGGCGGGUCCUCUUCCUCCUGCUCAUCGUUAUUUUUUCCAUGAGGAUCCAAGGAUUCAGCAGUUGGUUCGCAGUCGCCUGUGUAAUUUUACUCCAUUAGGUGUCAACAGAGUGAAUCAGCAACAAAACGUCUCACAUAUCGAUUACCUGGGACAAUUUGACAAUGGAGGAGUUUCUAAAACGCCGGUAGUUCGAAAAGGACGCGCUAGUGGCUCAUCAAGCAGAAGAAGCAAAGCAAAAAAUUUGAAUGUUGAGCAAAUCUUUAAUGCUUCUGAAGGUUGGGUGGAUCCCAAAAUCAUUUCUCCUUUCAGCAGUGGAACAUCUAGUAGAAAGAAAGCAACAAAGAGAAGCAGUACUAAGAGCAGUGUGUCAAAAAGUAAAAAUGGACAAAGCAAAUUAAACCCUUCAAAUGUUUCUGGAAAUUGGGUGGAACCCAAGAGCUGCACCAGUAUGCCUAGAGAUGCAGGCAAAAGGCGUGUACAAGCAAGUAGUCAAUCUGCUGGUCAUUGGUAUACAGGAUCAGAUGGAAGAAAGGUUUAUGUCAACAAAAGUGGGCAGGAGUUAACUGGCCGAAAUGCUUAUAGAAAUUAUCGGAAGGAGAGUGGAACAGGAUUCAAGAAAUCAAAAAAGAAAACAAGUGCCAAAAAGGGAAACUAAACAUUUGAUGCAACACAUUGUUCCCUGCCAGGUCCACGUAAAAUUACUUUUGGACAGCAUCCUGUAAUUUACUUGUUGAUCUUAUGGCUAGUAUUACCCGAUAGGUUCGAUUCUUUUCAAUUGCCAUAAACUUCUGAAGUUGUGUUUGGAUUGGGGCAAGGAAUUGCCAAUCUAGCAUGUAAGGUCACAUGAUUUCGGGUUUUUGUUGCUUAGAGAGUUUCAAACCAAAACAAUCUUCACAAGUAGACACUGUCAUGAGCUUAUCUAGGUGGUUCUGUAAAGUGCACCAAGAUCCAAGGUCUUUCUACCAUGAAACUGUAGCUUGUGAUAUUGAUUCACCUUAUUUUUACACCCACUGAGCUUCGAUUCACCACUUGGUUCACUUUGCGCUUUUAUCCCAAUUUGAAAAGGCACGGUGAUCCUGUAUUUCAUUGCUAAUUCUGCAUCAUUUUCUUAUUCAGGCUUUUGUAAAUGAGAGAUAAUCAUAUAAAAAGGUUUAAGUUAAUAAAGACAUUGAGAAGGCCCUUCCUUCUAUCUCAAAUUGACUAUAGGAGGAACUGGAAGUCUUAAAGUAGUACUUGAAAGAAUCAAUGUGCAAUUAUAUGACUUUUGUUUUAUCACAUUGUAUUUGCAUAAAUAAUAUUUAGAAGAGUUUAUAAAAGUUAUUUAUGAGACAUGGACAAGUUGUUAAAGAUUGUUAAUGAGAAUAGUUUAUGCAA